AUGGCUCUCUCUUCUCCGCUGCCGCAAGUGAUUCCCGCCAGGAAAGCGAUCAUCGCGCUGCCGGCUUUCCCGAUUCACGAUCGCGCGCCAUCGCUGCUCAAGAAAGAUCCAUCUUCCUCCGCGAGCCCCAAGCCGGAGCUGGAGGAAUGGCACGCCCAGGCGGCCCAGCGGGUAAGGCAGGAAAUGCUGCUCCAGACCGAGGCGGCACCGCAGGCCGAGAUCCCAGCGCCGAGGCCGAAGAUAAUGCAAGCAUUCUCCCGGAGGAAGCGUCCUGAUCCCUCUCCCGAUCCUCCCGCGGCGGCGAUGCCAGAGAUGGUUUCUCUCGAGGCCACCACGCCUCCAAAGCGCAAGCGCGGGCGGCCUCGCAGGCAUCCAGCUCCAGAGAUGGUUCCACGCGAGGCCAAGCGCAAGCCCGGGCGCCCUCCCAGGCAAGCUCCAGAGAUGGAUUUUCGUGAUCAGGCCAUGCCUCUCAAGCGCAAGCCUGGUCGCCCUCCGAGGCAAGCUCCAGAGAUGGAUUUUCGUUAUCUGGCCAUGCGCAAGCCCGGAGAGAUGGAUUAUUGUGAUCUGCCCAUGCCUCUCAAGCGCAAGCCCGGGCGGCCUCCGCUGAUGCCAGCUCCUAUCCAGGUGAUGGAGCCGCCGCCUCCACCGAUCGCCCAGCUCCAAGGUCAAGCUCGUCGCCAGAGGUUUCAAUCGCUCAAGCUGGCGUGCAAGGAUCUCGCCGCGAGGAUGGACGCGCUGGAGAAGAAGUGGGAUCUUUGA